GGUCAGUAAAAUAACAGCGCAGAGCAAGCGGGUCCCUUCUCUGGGACCUGUUCCUCGCUCUCUCGGUGCCAUCGAACGGAAGACGGAGAUUUCAUCAUCCACCCUCCUCUCCUCUUCUUCGAUCUCUCCGCCAUCUUCUCCUUCUUAACUCCUCCUCUCCUAUCGCUUGUUUUCGAUCUCACCUCCUCCUCGAGAGCUAGGGUUUCGGUCCCUCUUCUUCGAUCUUGGAGCUCCAGUGCCAUGGCGUCGAUCUCUGUUCCCUGCCCUAAGUGCUCCGUGGUCGCUCCACAUGGCGCGUGGCGUCACCAGCCGAGACCAAUGGUCUCGGUUUCCAAGCCCCGGACACCUCUGCUCGCCGGAUCCGCCCGGUUUACGUUGCUGAAGGGAUCUAAUAGGAGUCACUCACUCAUUUUGAAGGCCCAGGUUCAGGAGGUUGCUGUUGAGAGCUCUGCAAGUUCUUCCCCAAUGGCAUCAAUCAAGCCAGGAGAUUUAUCAUCAAAAGAUGAAGAAGCUGCUUGUCGGGAGGAAUCUGCUAGUCAAGCUGCAGUACAAGAUUCCAUGAUAUCUGCAUAUAUUGCUGAAGCUUCCAAACUUGUUAAGUUGGUGGAUUCAAAAGAUAUAACAGAAUUGCAGCUGAAACGGAAGGAUUUUGAACUCAUAAUAAGGAAAAAGGAAGCUAUACCACAGCCAGCUCCUGUUGCUCCUGUAAUGAUGCAAUCUCCACAAGCUGUCCUCCUACCUCAACCUCCAGUUUCGCAUGCAGCUCCACCUCCUGCAGCUGCAAGUCCAUCUCCAGCGACCCAAGCACCAGCUCUUCCUCCUGCUACAAAGGGAGGGAGCAAAUCAUCUCUUGCUCCCCUCAAAUGCCCAAUGGCUGGAACAUUUUACCGAUGCCCAGCACCGGGGGAGCCACCAUUUGUGAAGGUUGGAGAUAAGGUGCAGAAAGGCCAGGUGGUUUGCAUCAUUGAGGCCAUGAAAUUGAUGAAUGAGAUUGAGGCUGAUCAAUCAGGGACAGUAGUUGACAUACUCGCAGAGGAUGGAAAACCGGUUAGCGUUGAUACGCCCUUACUUAUAAUUCAGCCCUGAAGGAUUAAAUACCAGGUUUGAGUAGCUCGGGGAAGAACCUAUGGAUGAAGUUUAUUAGGCAGAUUAUCUUUUAUACUUGUCUAAUUUAUCAUCUGUCGUUUAUGGUUGGCAAGUAUUUAUUUCAUCUGGAGAAUAAGUUGAUGGGUAAAGGUAGAUGGUGCAAGUUGCUGGGGUAUAUUUUGUUAAUUUUGGCCUGUUGCACUCUGAUGCUAUAUUGCAAUUUUCUGUGGAUGAAUCUUUUUCUUGGAACUCAUAAGACUGGUGGAGCUUGUUGUAACUCUGAUUUUGUACCCAUAGUGGAUGAGGCAUGAUGCGUUAGUUAGAACAUACCUUUCAGUUAAUGAAAUGAAGUUUUGAUCUAUGAA